AACAAAAAUGGCGUUCAUAUGCCCGCGUGGGUAAUCUUCGAUCAAGUUUUGUUUUUCUUCUAAAUAAUUGUUGAAACAAUUAUUCACUGUACUUUUUAAAGUAAAGUCUUUUUACAAUAUUAUUUUCUUCUAUAAAGAGAGUUUUGUUGCUAUUGACAAAUUUCGGGAGCCGCCAUUGUUUGAAACAUAACUACUUGCCGAUUCCUUCCGAAAGGAAAACGAAAUUUAGGGAUAUCAACACCAACGAAGCCUUCUUGAGUGAGCGAUAACUUGGUGCAAAAUUUUGUUCUCAACAUCAUCCGAAAUCAUCUGCCAAUUUAAUUACUUAUAUGUGUUUUAAUGAGUUCAAGAACAUGUAGAAAUACUUAAAGUGUAACUUGAAGUGUUAUUUUCUGUAGUUUUGUAAAGUGUAGGUAGAGAAAAAGAUACAAACUAAAGGUCCUUCUAUGAGGACUCUAAACGCAAUUUCGUACACGUUGCCAUGAGCAUGCAAAAAGGAAAACAUCCAAGUCAACAGUCUGGAUAUCGAAUCUCUCAUGGGUCUCAGUUUCGUGAUCGUAACCAACCAGGAGCGACAGAUGGCGGCGCAACAUACCCAAUGAACGUGACACACUACCAGCAGCCGCCGCCGCCACAGCCCGCCCCCUCGCCACAGCAACAGCCACCCCCGCAACAACAGCAGCAGCCGCCCCCGCAACAACAGCAGCAGCAGAUGCGAGUGGCCAUGCAGCAGCACGCGAUGCAACAACAGCAGCCGCCCCCGCCCCCGCAGCAGCAGCCGCCUCCGCAACAUCCCACCCCCACCUCCACGCCGCCUUCCGACCAACAAAAGGGGCCACAGCUCGUCUCCCCUCAUCCCAUGCAACAGCAAGCAAUGUCCCAAAUGGCCUACAACACGAGGGGGCCUACCAAUGGGGGUGUUUAUAGGCUGGGAAAUGCUAAUCAAUCACGUUUGCCACCGAAUAGGAAUAUAGUCCAAGUCUUGCAGCCGGCCGGAAUGCCAGUGAACUUCCCGGCGGCUCUUGGAAAUAUAUCUCAUGUGAAUCAUCAUCAUUUUACUAUGCCAACCCAUUAUCCUCAAGGAGGGCGGCAACACAAUCAGAGUGCUAGUCAAAUAUUUUAUCCGGUCACGCCAGUCAAUUUCGGUGCGCACGUCCAAGGUUAUCCAAAUUAUUAUGUGUUUCCGAACACGGUGGGCGCAGCCGCGCCGCAGUUCAUGACUGCAGCAGCGCCGAACGCGGCCGCACUGCGCUUCGCCGCAUCGCACGCGGCUGCGGCAGCCGGAAACGUGGCACCACCGCACGCGGCGCCCGUGCAACAGAUGGGCGGAGCCAUGCCUCAAGGGGCGGGGCCAGCCGGAGGCCCGCCCCCUGUUACGGUGGUGACUGCUCAUGCGCCGCCUCCGCAGCAGCAGCAGCAGCAACAGCAGCAGCAAGCCCCGCCACCUCAGAUGCAGCAGCAUCACAUCCAGCACUCCACCUACCAGAAGACCGCCAAGCGGAGACCAAACGCCAUUCCCAUUAUAGAUCCAAGUACGAUGCGGGAUAUCACGAACGACAUCACACCGAUGGCCGGUGGAAGUGUCACCAGUACAACCCCCCCUCCCACCACCAUCUCGACCGACUCCAGUGCUAGGCAAACUCCUCAACCUCAACCUCAGCCCAGCCAAGGCACGGCGGCAGUGAGUCAAGGUGACGCGAGCGAAGUGGCGACGGUGAGUGCCGCCCCUGCGGUCGACUCGACGCAACCGCCGCCAUCAUUCCACCCGCCCCCGGUGGCGGCAGCGGCAGCCGAGGUGGCGACGGUCACCAUCAACGGCCCCACCAGUUUAGACAUUUCCCCCGAAACUCAAGUUCCUAUUAGUGAAGUGAAAGUGCAGUCUUCGCCGCCGCUGCCGCCCGCGGACAAAACGCCCGUGGUCAGUGCUAGCGACGAAAUAACUUCGCACGCCAGGACGAUAGUGAAAGACAGUGCAGCGAGCAGCCAGCAGCAGCAGUCGCCCGCCAAGAGUUUGAGCCGCAAGCAGCAGAGUCGCGACGCUAGCGGCGACAAAUCGCAGGCGGCCAGCGACAAGUCGCCUGUCGCCGAAUCGCAGCCGACCACCAAGUCGCAGCCGAUUGCUGAUGCUCAGCCCACAGUACCAGCUGUUAGCGCUGCACAGCCAGCCGCUGUUGAAGUGACCGCCGCCCCGGCACCAACCAAAAAGGAGGCACCAGGACCAGUUGCCACCCCCACCGCUGCAGCUAAGGAAGACGUCGCGACGUCAAAAGACAAGACGAAACCAGUAGCUGCCAAAGAACCAGCUGUUGCCAAGGUGCCAGCUGUAGAACAGAAGCCAGCAACUGUUGCUGCCGCCCCCGUGACAGACGCCCCCAAGCAGCAGCCGCCCCCGGCUGUCGCGCCCCAGCUCUCGACAACGCCCUCUUUCGAGCAGCUCAUCAACUUCAACCUGCCGGGCAAAACGCCGCCGCAGGUGAUUGUGCCGCCUGUGGCUCCAGUCGUUGCCGCCCCCGUCGUUGUGGCUGACGAUCCCGCUUUUAAGACUCAUACCAACGGAGAGAUUGCCUCCGCCGACACAGCUGAAGGCAAAGCAUGCCAGCGACAGGCGACCAAGAAGAACAAAAAGUUGAAGGAGUUCAACCAGAAGGGCGCAAAGAAGGAGGGUGGCUCGGAGAUGGAUGCGUUCACCACGGCCACCACCCCCGAGAACAAUGUCGACGAAAAGGAGGUGGUCUCCUCACCUGACACCCCCACUAUCAACAACAAACUACCUGCUGACGUCAAGGACGAUUUGCAAGAGAAACUAGUGGCAGCUAAGAACGAGGAGAACAUGAAGGUGUCUGCUUUGGCGAAGGGGAGCCAACCCCCCCUGGUGGAGCCCCCUGGCGACAACAACAACAGUCCCCAGCUCAUCGAGAAGCCGCCCCCGGCAGCCGAUGUCACCACCCCCACCCAGGCCACCACCCCUCAACAGCCUGUGCUCAAGCACAAGUACAAGGACGACCAGUGGAGUCCGCUGAACCCAGAGGGCAAAAAGAAGUACGACCGUGAGUUCCUGAUGGGUCUGCAGAACGACCCACAGGCGACCCGGAAGCCGGACAACCUGCCCAACAUCGACAUCGUGCAGCUGGAGCCGGCGGCCGCCAACCGCAACAAGUUCACCAACCAGAUCAGCUACGCGGCGCAGCAGCCGGGUCGCGGCGGCCACGACUUUACGCCCAACUUCUUCAACAAGUCCAGCAGUAUGCGCGGCUCGGUGCCAAAGAGAAACAGCCAGCAGGGCAACAAGGGCGGUGGCGGGGGCGGUCCGAAGGGCCCCGUCAAGACGGUGCACGUGUCCACCUCGCUCAGGGAGGACAAGAGGCUCAAGGACUCGGAGAACGCAUGGAAGCCGACCAGGCUAAAAGAGGCCAAGGACAUGAACGAGGAUGAGAAGAAGACGCAGGAGCUUUACAAGAAGGCGCGAUCAAUUUUGAACAAAUUGACGCCUCAGAAGUUCGAUACACUAGUCAGCCAAGUUAAAAUAUUGCCCAUCGACACCCCCGAGAGGUUGGAGGGCGUCAUCAACCUCGUUUUUGACAAGGCAAUUGCCGAGCCGGGCUACUCGAAGGCGUAUGCGAAAAUGUGCAAAUUGGUGUCGAAUAUGGAGGUGAAGGACCUCCCCAAUGAGAAGAACGAGAAGAACGGCGAGAACGAGAAGAAGGUGGUGUUUAGGAAGUCGCUGAUCAUGCGCUGUCAGCUCGAGUUCGAGAGUAAUAAGAAAGCUGAACUGGACAGUGCGAAAAGGCUCAAAGAAAUCGACGAAUGUUCAGAUAUUGAAAAGAAGAGAGAACUUCAACUUAGCUACGAAGAAGAAGAAAGGAGGAUACGAAAAAAAUCAGUAGGAAAUGUUAGGUUUAUUGGCGAAUUAUAUAUAUUAGAUAUGUUAACAGCACCAAUUAUGCAUAGAUGUAUAAAUGAUCUUCUGCGUCAGCACGAGGAAGAGCCGCUAGAAUGUCUUUGUAAAUUAUUGACAACAAUCGGCAAAAAGUUGGAAAAUGCCACUAACAAAAUUAACGAGACUGUCAGAGAGAAGAAGAAUGAGCUACCGUCACUGGACACUUACUUCGCGACGAUGAAGGAAUUGUCGCAGAAGCGCGAAAACUCGAAGCUAUCGUCACGUGUGCGCUUCAUGCUGCAAGACGUCAUCGACCUCAAGCAGAACAAGUGGGUGCCGCGGCGCGACGAAAACAACCCUAAGACUAUGGACCAGAUUCAGCGCGAAGCGAACCGUGAGAGUAUGGAGACGACGCUGGCCCUGCAGUCGCACCGAAGCAAGGGGCAGGACAUGAGGGGCGGUGGCGGAGGCGGCGGAUUCGACAACAACGACAGGAGAGGCGGUGGAGGCGGCGGGGGCGGUCGCAACCGCAGCAUGAACCAGAACGACGACAAGGACGGCUGGCAGAUGGCCGGAAGCAACAAAAACUUCCGCAGCCAGACCCAGUCCUAUGCCAUGGACUCGUUCCGGCUCACCAUGCUCAAACAACAGGCGGAAGAGCCACGCCACCUAACGCUAGGCUCAUCGGCCAACUUCAACCUGUGGAGUCGCGGCGCCAACGCGUCCAAGUCGGCGUCGAUGGGCGGUGGAGGCGGGAGCGACGGAGGCGGCAGAGGCGGUGCCGGAGGCGGCGGUUCGAUGGCGUCGAUCAACAAGUUUGAGGCGUUGACUCGCGGCAUGGAGCGAGACGAGCAGCGCAAACCAGCCUCUGCCACCAUCAGCUUUGGCAAGGCGGGGGCGGCGGCUGGAGGCAGCGGUCGACUCUCGCACUCGCCCUCCAUUGAGAAGGAGCGACCGGGGGCGGCUAGCAACGACAAGGACGAAACGGAAAGGCGUUCAUCGUCGCAACGUCGACCGGCACAGAUGACGUCACAGCCGGCAUCACGUGACCACACACCCACACCCGCCCUCGCCCCUGCUCCAUCAACGGCCCCGACGCCUGCUCCCACCCCCGCACUCACCAGCCAACAGCGCGAGGAGAGGGAAAAGCAGAUUAAGCGCACCGCCGUCUCCACACUCGGAGAGUUCAUCGAAAACAAAAAUGUCGAUGAAGCUGUGCAGUGUGUGAGUGAAUUGACGAAUCCAGCCGAUAAGGUGGCUGUGGUGAAAGAAAUGAUGGAUUAUGCGUUCGAAACGAAAACCAUCGCCAAUCCGUGCCAGGGAUUAGGAAACCUAUUAGUCGAAUUAGUUAAGGGAGAAGCGGUAUCGUCACAACACCUACUAACAGUAUUGAAGGAAUACCUGGGUGACGUUAUAGAAUUUGAAAUGUGGAUUGACAGUCCGAAAAUUUUUCAGUAUUUGUCUGAAGUUUUAGUGCCUCUUGUCCAAUCGUCGAUGCUGACGUUUGGUGACCUGUGUGAAUUGUGCAAACGCCACGUGCAAGCCGGCACCGGCCAGCAUGUCAAGAAAAUGGUGGCCGCCAUCAUCAAUUCUCUGCUUAAAGAAUUUGUGAGUACCUCACAUCCUAGAACAUCUUUUCGCUUUGAAACCUGGUAUCAAAAAUCAAAUUAUCACAUUAAUGGCCUGUUGCAAAGUGAAAGCUUAGGGUAUUAUCACAUUAGAUGCACAUAUGUGCAAGUGCACGUUAUCAUUCACUAUUUCGUAGUUCAUUCUCUUACGAGAUGUUAUUUAUGUUUGCAGACUUUACUGUUUCUCUCGUCGACAAGUGAGACUCCGGCCAACAGUCGGAUGUCAAUGAACGAUGUUCACACAAAACUGGUUGGCUUCCUGCAGAACGAUCACAUGAAGUGUGAAGAGAUCUGCGACUGGAUUAAUACGAAUGUUGGUGAAGACGUGCAGAAGCCAGCGUUCAUAAGUGCCUUGAUUACAGCUAUCUGUGAAGUCUCUUUCAAUAAUUCGAAGAAGCCGUUCGAAGCCGGACUGAAAACGCAUUCAAACCUGAUUAGGAAGUAUGUCAACUCGGACCAGUCUGAUCUGGAAGUACAGUGCUUAAUAUCAGUGGCAGCUUUCGUCAAUAAAGUCGAACAUCCACAAGGUCUGUUGCUGAUGAUCUUUAACUACUUCUGGGAGGCGAGCCUGAUAUGCACAGAGUCGUUCUUCCGGUGGAAGGAGCGCGAGGGCAUUGAGGCAGGCAAGGGUGUGGCGCUAAAGUCACUCGUUUCCUUCUUCACCUCGCUCAACGAGGCUGAACUCUCCGACAGUGUCUCUUGAUUCUCUCAGCACCGAGAGUCUCUUCCCGGCUAGAGGCUGGAGGCCCGAUGAGACUGAUUCGUCGUCUGCGUGUUUGUGUGUGUGCGUGUAACAUUGAGCCGGUCUUCCCCGCGUGUCUGUGUAUCAGGAUGGAGGACCUUAAAUCGUGUUAGGGGGGUGGUGUAUGUGCGUGCGUGUCGACAUGUAGUAUAUUAAAUAGUCUAGUAUUGCGAGAACAUUGCCUAUUCCUAAAUAGUAAAUUCUAUCAGAAAAAUAGACUGUGCAAAUUAUUGUAUCGAAAUAGGUCUUCGCGCCGGCUUAACAAUUUGUUUGAACUAUAUCUAUAUUUAUUUAUCGUCUUUGUCGUAGUCUUCGCUCGUUUUUACUACGGAACAAACUCUGAUGAAUACUAAUAUAAUAUAUAUAUUGAAAAAAAAAUAUUACAAAAACCGAUCGAAAAAAGACUUUUAUAAAAAAGAAAAGUAUGUUGUUGACGCAUUUUGUUAAAAAUCUAUUGAAUUGUCUCUCGUGGUUAUCUCCAUGAAGUUGUGUUUGUGCCGCCAAGCUCAGCUUGUCCUACUUUUCUCUCUUUUCAGAGUGAUAACUAUAUUAUACGAUGAUAUUAUUAUAAAAAACUCAAUAAUACACUCUCAUCGCGUCAACUAAAUAAACAUGAUGAGACAAUCUACGAAUAUAUAGGAAUAUAUUACAAACUAUAUUUUUUAUUAUGUAAAUCAAACUGAAUUGCAAGUUAGAUUUUAAAAAUACUAGUGAAAUUUAUUAUGAUGCUGAAUGAGAUGCAAAUCGAUUAUUUCGUUCAGAAAUAGUGUACAUUCUCUUUCUUUCAAAUAGUGUUUGUUGUAAAUCUUGAUGAUUGAUUGUAAAUUAUUAUUAUUAUUAUCAUUACUAUUCAUAACUGAUAUUAUUACUAUGUAUGUAUUGUUGAUAUGUUGCUAUUUCCUCUUGAUUUGAAUGCGCGCGCAUAUAAAUGGAAAUGAUUAACAAGUGUGCUGCCCAUGUUGUGGCGUGUGUUUUACACGAGAAGCAUGAUGAUGAACUAUUACAGAUACCGUAUCUUACUAUGGAUUGUUAAUUAUUAUGUUUGUACGGACUUGGACCUUUGUACGUUGUUAUUUGAUAUAUAAUUUUAAAAGUAUAUUAUUGUAACAAACUGGGGGGGAAAUUAUUGUAUCGGCGAUCGUACCGGGAUAGGCUAAAAUACAUUAUUAUGAUUAUUAUUACAUAUGAACCUUAUUCUGUGAAAUUUCCACUAGAAGAAAUCGCCAAUUUACGAGAACUCUGUAAGUUGCCUAGUGGAAAAAUAUUAUAUAUUGAUUAUUUUAAAAUUGAAAAAUAUAAAAAAUAUG